AAGGCCGCCUCCCCUUGCGCCACCUCUGCCGUCGCUGCCAAAACCCUAGCCCUUCGACGAGCGGAGAGAUUCUUCGGAGAAAUGGGGGCCUACAAGUAUGUGUCGGAGCUGUGGAGGAAGAAGCAGUCGGAUGUGAUGCGGUUUCUGCAGCGUGUGAGGUGCUGGGAGUAUCGCCAGCUUCCGUCGAUCGUCCGUGUCACCAGGCCGACGCGCCCCGACAAGGCUCGACGCCUUGGUUACAAGGCCAAACAGGGUUUUGUGAUUUAUCGUGUUCGAGUUAGACGUGGUGGCAGAAAGAGACCGGUGCCUAAAGGUAUUGUCUAUGGGAAGCCAAAGCAUCAGGGUAUCACCCAGCUGAAAUUUCAAAGAAAUAAGAGGUCAGUUGCUGAGGAGAGAGCUGGACGUAAGUUGGGAGGGCUGAGGGUGCUAAACUCUUACUGGGUGAAUGAGGAUUCAACUUACAAGUAUUAUGAGAUCAUCCUUAUUGAUCCGGCUCACAGUGCGAUUAGGAAUGACCCCAGGAUCAACUGGAUCUGCAAGGGUGUCCACAAGCAUCGGGAGCUUCGUGGACUCACUUCUGCUGGUAAGAAAUAUCGUGGCCUUCGUGGUAAAGGCCACCUCCAUCACAAGGCCAGACCCUCCCGCAGGGCAACCUGGAAGAGGAACCAGACCUUGUCCCUCCGCCGAUAUCGUUAGGCUACCUUCAUUGACCAGUUUUGUCUGUGACUUUAUUCGGUUGGAACAAGGUAGUUCAGUUAUCAACUUGUGGUGUCUGUUCCAAGAUACUGUUCACUUGGGAAAUUAUCUCUGCUCUUCCUUUAGAUUUAUGUACCUCAGUGAUAAACUAGUUUUGUUUCUGCUGAGGCAUUGCCUUCUCCUUUGCUAUGAUUUCACCUUUUGAGAAAGUUCAGUUGUCUUCCUCCA